UUUUGACUCUUCCACUCUCCCAUUUCAAUUACAUAAAUGCGGGAAUGGUCAAGACUUACUACCUCUACUUUAUUACUAUGCUUCUUCUUGUUUAACCUCUCCUAUGCUCUUGAGCCCAUUACUCCCAUUCACCAAGACGGCUACUGUGCCAUGAGAGGUCAGUGCGGCUCCAAGGGGUUCGUUCAACUUAACUGCCCGUACAAUGGACCGGCAGUAGAACCAGAGACCGACUCCUUCAAGAAGUUGCUAGUGGAUACUUGCGGACCAAAAUACGCCGACUCUAAAGUAUGUUGUGAUGAAAACCAAUUGGUCGACUUGGUAGACCAAGUCAAGAAGGCCGAGCGGAUUAUCUCCGCGUGUCCAGCGUGUUGGUCCAACUUCCUGCAGUUCUUCUGUUCGUUCACUUGCUCUCCUGAUCAGUCAUCGUUCGUCAAUGUUACUUCAACUCAAACGUCGUCUUCCUCGGGCAAAGAUAUUGUAACUCAGCUCGAUUUUUGGGUAGGCGAUGGAUUCGGAGACGACUUUUUCAACAGCUGCAAGGACAUCAAGUUUGGUUCCAGUAAUGGUUAUGCUAUGGACUUCAUUGGCGGAGGAGCUGAUAACUGGCAUGAUAUGGUUAGCUAUAUGGGCAAGGAACGCCCACUGCUAGGAAGUCCUUUCCAGAUUGACUUUCCGCCUGUCGAAAAACAUACGCCGCGAGAUGGUCUUGUUCGAUACGACGAAGAUGGACGUCACUGUAAUGAUACCGAUACAAAGUAUCGGUGCUCCUGUGUUGAUUGCGAGGCAACUUGCCCCACACUUCCCCCCACUCGCGGAGAGCAACCAGCAUGCUACGUUGGACUUCUCCGAUGCUGGAGUUUCAGCCUGCUCUUAAUUUAUGUCUUUUUGGCAUGUUGCAUCUUGUUCGUGGCAGCUUUGAGAAAUGGAUGGGACCCAGAAUGGCUCUCCAAACUAACCAAACGCCAAUGGCUUCAGGAUGGAGAACCUCGAGGAAUAUACGAAAGAGUUGCCUUGGCAGACCAUGAGGACGACACUUUGUUGGAUCCCGACCAUACUCCUCGAAAGUACUGGCUUAACUCCGUCCUCCAGAAUUGGUUCUUCAAACAGGGACUGUUCUGUGCGCAACACCCAUGGGCAACGAUUUUCAGCGGUCUAGUUAUGGUCACCAUUUGUUCGGCUGGUUGGUCUCGCUUCCGUGUUGAGCGUAAUCCCAUCAAUCUCUGGGUAUCCCCUGCUUCCGAGGCGUUGGCGCAAAAGCAAUAUUUUGACGAAAACUUUUCACCCUUCUACCGUACCGCACAACUCUUUUUGAUUGACGACUCUUCGUCCGUCAUCUCGUCAGAUAACCUACUUUCGCUCUUCGAUGUGGAGAAAGAGAUCAGAAAUCUGAAGUCCGAACCUAAUAACUACACCUUGGACGACCUCUGCCUCAAACCUACUGGAGAAGCAUGCGUCGUUCAAUCCGUAACUGGUUACUGGCAAGGUGAUGUCGAUAACUUUGAUCCUGAGUCAUAUGAAGAAUACCUCCAAGAUUGUGCUACCCAACCUUCUUUGUGCUUGCCUGACUUCCAGCAACCUUUGAAACCACAAAUGAUUCUAGGUGGCUACGAAAACAACCAGUACCUGUCAUCUAAAGCCAUGAUUGUUACCUUUGUUUUAAAUAACUAUGUUGAUGAAGAAAAGAUCAAGAUGGCUGAGGAAUGGGAAAAGACCUUGCUCCGAAAGGUACUGACGAAUUUGGAUUCGCGACCGGAAUGGGAAAACGUUCGAGUUAGCUACUCUACCGAGAGCUCGCUGGAAACAGAAUUGAACGAGUCAAGUAAUACGGAUGCCCGAACCGUCAUCAUCAGCUACGUUGUCAUGUUCAUCUACGCGUCCAUCGCCCUAGGACGCUUCUCUUCACUCAAUGUUCGACGUAUCGUCGUCGACUCCAAGUUUAGUCUGGGUGUUUGCGGCAUUCUCAUCGUCGUCUUUUCUGUCAUGGCAUCCGUUGGUAUCUUUUCGUUCACAGGCAAGAAAAUCACCUUGAUCAUUGCUGAAGUUAUUCCGUUCCUGGUUUUGGCCGUUGGUGUGGACAACAUCUUCAUUCUCUGUCAUGAGUUUGAGAGAAGAAAGCAGAAUGCUGACAUUGAUGAAACGAUUGAAGAAAGAGCUGCCAAGACAUUGGGCAAAAUGGGGCCAAGUAUUUUGCUUAGCUCCAUCAGUGAAACCCUAGCGUUUGGUCUUGGCGCCAUUGUCACUAUGCCUGCCGUUAGCAGCUUUGCUAUCGUUGCUUCACUGGCCGUUUUCAUUGAUUUUAUACUUCAAGUAACCUGCUUUGUCUCUUGUAUGGUUCUGGACGCUCAUCGUGCUGAGGCUGAUCGCGUUGACUGCAUUCCAUGCAUCCAAGUCUCUGCACCGCAUACUGAAGAAAAGGAAGGAUUGCUUCAAACUCUCACUCGAAAGUACUAUACGCCAUUUAUUUUGAACUACAAUGUUCGCUAUGGCAUCUGCAUUAUAUUUUUGGGAAUAUUCGCGUGCAGUCUAGCGCUUCUUCCUCAACUACCACUAGGCUUGAACCAACGCAUUGCGCUUCCCACUGAUUCCUACUUGGUCCAAUACUUUAACGACCUUGACUCGUAUUUCGACGUCGGCCCACCGGUUUACUUUGUUGUCAAGGAUGCGAAUGUCACUGGCCGAGAAGAUCAGUUGAAAGUGUGUGGAAGAUUUUCUACUUGUCACGAGCAUUCGCUCGCCAACAUUUUGGAGCAGGAGCGUAAGCGACCAUCUGUGUCGUAUAUAGCUGAACCAACAAGCAACUGGUUAGACGACCUUCUUCAUUGGCUCAACCCAGACGUGGAAUGCUGUAGACUCAAGAAGAAGAGACGUGCCCUUCAAGACAAUGUCACACCAGUGAGACGGGCACCAUCGAACCCACUUGCAAUCAACGCUCUACCUGCCCUUUGUGGCGAAUGGGAUGAUGAAGACGACUGUGAAGACUGCAAGCCUGAUUGGUCUAUUGAUAUGAGCUCACUUCCUGAGGGUGAAGAAUUUUUGAACUACUUUGACUUGUGGAUCAACCAGAACCCUAGCGAAGACUGCCCACUGGGAGGAAAAGCUGCCUAUGCCGACGCCGUUGUACUUGACUCUGCUCACUCGAACAUCAAAACAUCUCAUUUCCGAUCAUUCCAUACACCACUUCGAACCCAAGAGGAUUUCAUCGCUGCUUAUGCAUCAGCAAGACGUAUUGCCGAAGAUAUCAGCAAGGAACAUGGCAUUGAGGUUUUCCCUUACUCACUGUUCUACGUCUUCUUUGAGCAAUACACCUAUAUUGUCAAGAUGGCCCUUGAGCUGCUCGGAUUGGCCAUUGUGUCCAUUUUCGUUGUUACUGCAGCCAUUCUUGGAAGUGUUCGAUCUGCUCUGAUUGUCAUGGUCAUGGUCAUCAUGAUCCUUGUCAAUGUUGUUGGCAUAAUGACGUUAUGGGGAGUCAGCUUGAACGCCGUCAGUUUGGUCAAUCUGGUCAUUUGUGUUGGUAUCAGCGUUGAAUUCUGCUGCCAUGUUGCCCGAGCAUUUUCAGCAGGCACUGGAUCAAGACAUGAGCGAGCCACCAAGAGCUUGGUUGAUGUCGGAAGUUCCGUCUUUUCUGGAAUUACCUUGACUAAGUUUGCUGGUAUCUUGGUAUUGGCAUUUACCAAAUCCAAGAUCUUUGAAGUGUACUAUUUCCGCAUGUAUCUCGCCAUUGUUGUUGCAGGAGCUCUUCAUGGUCUCGUGCUUUUACCUGUGGUGCUUAGCAUGAUUGGUGGUGAUGGGUUUGACCUUUCUGCCGGCUUUGACGAGGAUGGUUUCGCUUGGGGUACCGGAUUUUCAUCGUCUGGACGUGGAAGAAUCCUUUUGGUCGAAGAUGAGGACGAUCAACUCAUAGAUGACGAUGGACAAGUACUAGACCAAAGAAGAGGCUAAGUCUUUAAUACACUAGUCAUAUUGUAUACCUUGUAAAUGAUUCAGGUGUUUCAACGACUUUUCCAAUCCUUUUUUUCUGCAGUCGUCGUUGUUACUAAUUCAUAAAUGUGCUGGAUAGCUUUUGCUGUUCGGGUCAACGAAUUUAUUUUUUAUUGUUGCUUUGCCAAAACGCUAACUUGUCAUUCAAACUGGUGAUCAAUUGUAUAUUACAUAUGCGGGGGGGGGGGGCGUUUAAACCGAAAGUCAUCCUUGCCGUUAAGUUAACUAAUAAUCAAAUAGCUGUUGUCUACUCAUGUAGCGACUUUGAUGCGCUGGAAUUGGUGUUUAUGAGAUCUGCAUCCUCCAACCCAACUUGCUCUCCU